AACCUCUCAGAUUCGGAAACGACUCAUCGCCUGGCAUUUGGUAAGUCGCCGUUGAAAUAUCCAACGUCACCAGUUUUCACCGUUCCAAUCCGGACAAAUUUUCCAAAAUGUUGAGCACGGUAGUCAAAAAAUUUUACAAUGAAUAUUCCACAAACACGUCCAAAAAGUUGAAAAUCAUAGACGCUUAUUUAUUAUAUGUCCUCUUGACCGGCAUCGUCGAGUUUGUUUAUUGUUGUCUUGUCGGAACGUUUCCUUUCAAUUCAUUUCUAAGUGGAUUUAUUUCAUGCGUCAGCUCUUUCGUCUUGGCAGUCUGCUUGCGUCUCCAGGCGAACCCACAGAAUAAGCUGCAGUUCGCGAAAAUAAGCCCCGAAAGAGGAUUCGGAGACUUCAUAUUUGCUCAUAUAAUUCUUCACCUUGUCGUCAUCAAUUUCAUCGGCUGAUUUUGAUCUGGAGUUUCAGUUUGAAGAAUAUGGACUUUUUUAAGCAUCAUUUUUAGAAACAUUAUGUCAACAUCUGCAAUUAUUAUGUUCAAUAGUUAUAUUUUUAAAGAAAAUAUUAUAAAAGUUAAAUUCAUGUUUAUAAGAUGUAAAGUG